UGAUUAUUUGCCGUUUUUCUUAUUUUUAAAACAGUUUAUCAUCCAAAGGAACGACGGUACAAAACUCGGCGACUUUGAUACUUUCUCAUCUGUAUCUGUAAAGUAAAAUAAGUUCAUAUUUGGUUUCUACUUGAAUGACUGGCAAAAGAACGGGCAAGACUCAUUCAGACCGGCCGAGUUGAGUUAGCGAAUUAAACCAGCCCAUGCUUGAUUCUCUGCAUUAGCAUCCAGCUGUUUUAUAUUACGCAGUUAAAAAAAACUGAUAAAUAAAAAUUUAAGUGCGAUAAACGUUUUGAACCCGUCCUUGGAGUCUUAUUCAGAGUGCUAGAGGAUGCCUGGCCUCAGCUGUAGAUUCUACCAGCACAAAUUUCCAGAAGUGGAGGAUGUGGUGAUGGUCAAUGUGCGCUCCAUCGCUGAGAUGGGAGCAUAUGUGAGCCUCCUGGAGUACAACAACAUCGAAGGCAUGAUUCUGCUGAGUGAACUUUCCAGACGACGUAUUCGCUCCAUCAACAAACUUAUCCGUAUUGGCCGCAACGAGUGUGUUGUGGUCAUUCGUGUGGACAAGGAGAAAGGCUACAUUGAUUUAUCCAAAAGAAGAGUGUCGCCAGAAGAAGCUAUAAAGUGUGAGGACAAGUUCACUAAAUCUAAGACCGUGUACAGCAUUUUGAGGCACGUGGCCGAGGUACUAGAGUAUACCAAAGACGAGCAGCUGGAGAGUUUGUAUCAGCGUACAGCCUGGGUAUUUGAUGAGAAGUACAAGCGACCUGGAUACGGAGCUUAUGAUGUGUUCAAGCAAGCCGUGGCGGACCCAUUUAUUUUAGAUAGCUUAGAAUUAACUGAGGAGGAAAGGACCGUUUUAAUUGACAACAUCAACAGACGACUCACCCCACAAGCAGUCAAAAUCAGAGCAGACAUUGAGGUUGCUUGUUAUGGGUAUGAGGGUAUUGACGCAGUUAAAGAUGCAUUGCGGGCAGGUUUGAACUGUUCAACGGAGGCAAUGCCUAUCAAAAUCAACCUGAUUGCCCCCCCUCGUUAUGUAAUGACCACAACCACGCUGGAGCGCACAGAAGGCCUUUCUGUGCUUAACCAGGCCAUGGCUGCCAUUAAGGAGAAGAUUGAGGAGAAAAGAGGAGUCUUUAACAUUCAGAUGGAGCCAAAGGUCGUGACAGACACAGAUGAGACUGAGCUGGCCCGGCAACUGGAGAGGUUGGAGAGGGAGAACGCAGAGGUGGACGGGGACGAUGAUGCAGAGGAGAUGGAGGCUAAGGCUGAGGAUUAGCCUGGCAAGAAAAAGCAUUCAAAACAGAAGCUUGCCAGGAUUUUUUCAUAGAACUGAACAGUAACAUUGCAUCAUACCACAAAGAUUGAGAAAUAAGGCCUGAUUGAAGUGGAGGAAAUGGACAUGUCUCGGGGGAAUAUGAUGGCAGUUUUUAUUCUGUCUACAGCAAUAGCAGGCUUCUGACAGACUAGUGACUUUUGCGCUCAGAAAAAACAUACCCUAAAGCACUUUUUCUUUUCUUCAUAACAAAUGAGAUGGAUAUUCAUGGAUAUUUGCCAAUGUGUUUUUUUUUUUUUGUUGUUUUUUUUUCAAGUAAGCAUUUGGCAUGCAUUUAUAAGAUGGAGCGUUUUAACAAGAGCGUAUUGGUAAUACUUGGUAUUUCACAACCUGGGUAACUUUAAGCCUUUUUAUUUUCCAAAUUUUGAAAGUGAGUUGUCUUUUCUAAGGAGUCUCUCUUAGAGUUCUGCUGAAGUUUUUUUAGCCAAAAUAAACAUUCUGUUUAGGUGUCUAUGGCUUAAUUUAGAGAUACAGUUGCACUCAAAAUUAUUCAACCCCCACUGAGCGGUAUUGAUUUACAAAUUUUUGUGAACUUUUAUGAAGAACCAGAAAAUUAUUAAAUGACCUGUGUAUCAGUUGAGUGACCUAUUCAAAUUGAUAUUAAAAAAAAAAACGUGAUGUCAUUUUUCUGAGUAAAAGGAUACUUUCCAUAAACAGCCAUGUCAUAAUUAUUGAACCCUUAUUUAAUAUUGCUGGUUUUUAAAUCACUGAUAGUCUAAGGCUACAAAGCACACAAAAAACAAACAAUUAACCCUUUGGGAACUCUAGAAUGACAGUCUGCUUUAGUUGUGAUUUAAAUCUAAAUCAAAGAUUCCAAUAGAGAGAUGUCAGAAGCUUGUGAGCAUCUACAGGAAACAUUUAUUGGAGGUUACAGAGUGUAGGUUGAAUAAUUUUGCACAUGGACAUUUGUGGAGAUUUGUGUGAUUUGACAUUUGUGUGAUUUUUGUUUCAGUUGUUAGCAGUGAAAACUUUCUUCUCAAAUUUGUUUGAACAUAGUAAUGUACCUUCUUUUGACUGUUUACUAAAGCCUUGGUUUAUGUAUUUUAAUUACAUUUUAUUUACAUUACUAAACUGCCUUGCACUUAGACUUA